CAACAACAGGAGGAGGCACAGGCUAAGCUUGCAGCUGCCGAGCCAGAGGCCCAGGGUGGUCUGUCGGACGGAACCCGCCGCUGCUAGCGGGUGGGAUUAGGCAACGUACGCGAUACAAUGGAUAUGUCUCGAUGUCCAUGCUUUGCUUUCUCUCCUUUUACUUGUCUGCGACUUCUGACAUGCAAAAUAUGACAUCAUGGCCUCCCUCGCAUAAGUGCUCGUCUACUGGUGUAUAUAUUCUCCAUAUUUUAAGCACGAAUUUACAGCUCAUCAAUUGUAAUGGUGUCGACAAGAGCUUCCAGGCGUUCGCAUCUGCACAUCCAAUACGAAGCAUUAUUUGUGCAUUGCGCUCCAGACAGCGUACUUCAUCAGUGCACUUUUUGGCAGUCUGCUCAUCGGUACUCUCGAGGAUAGUUUAGUCCCUCAGACAUGCGCACGACGAAUGUUCUCAAAGGCGUCUCUGAUUAAGAUUGUGUGCAC